AUGACUGUUAUUCGCAGCCAGGAGGAUCUCAAGGACAAGCUCGAGGCCGCCAGUAACGUCUCCCCCGACCACCCCGUUGUCAUUACCAAGUUCAUCGAGGGCGCUCAGGAGAUCGACGUCGAUGGUGUCGCCUCUGAUGGCAAGCUCAUCCUCCACGCCGUUAGCGAGCACGUUGAGCAGGCCGGUGUUCACUCUGGUGACGCCACCCUUGUUCUCCCUCCCGCCAACCUCGAGCAGUCUAUCAUGGACCGUGUCAAGGAGAUCGCCGAGAAGGUCGCCAAGGCCUGGAAGAUCACUGGCCCCUUCAACAUGCAGAUUAUCAAGGCCGACGACCCUGCCGGCGGCGACGCUGCCCUCAAGGUCAUUGAGUGCAACCUGCGUGCUUCCCGUUCGUUCCCCUUCGUCAGCAAGGUCCUCGGCACCAACUUUAUCGAUGUCGCCACCAAGGCACUCGUCGGCCAGCAGGUUCCCGAGCCCGUCGAUCUCAUGGCUGUGAAGCGCGACUACGUCGCGACCAAGGUUCCCCAGUUCUCCUGGACCCGUCUCGCUGGUGCCGACCCCUUCCUCGGCGUCGAGAUGGCCUCCACUGGUGAGAUUGCCUGCUUCGGCAAGGAUCUUGUUGAGGCCUACUGGGCUUCUCUCCAGUCGACCAUGAACUUCCGCAUGCCCGAGCCUGGCGAGGGUCUCCUUUUCGGUGGCGAGCUUUCCGAGGCAUGGCUCACCACCAUUGUCGACCACCUCGCGCCCCUUGGCUUCAAGCUGUUCGCCGCCGACGCCGAGGUCAAGCGCUUCAUCGAGUCGUCCGCCAAGGGCGGCGCCUCGGUCGAGGUCAUUGAGUUCCCCAAGGAGGACAAGCGCGCCCUCCGUGAAGUCUUCCAGAAGUACGACAUUCGCGGUGUCUUCAACCUCGCCCGCGCCCGCGGAAAGACCGUCAUGGACGUAGACUACGUCAUGCGCCGCAACGCCGUCGACUUUGGCGUUCCUCUGUUCAUGGAGCCCAAGUGCAUGGCCGAGAAGCUCCCCCGCGCCGAGGGUAUCCCCUCCGAGGUUCGCCGCUGGUCCGACUUUAUCGGUGGCAAGCCGCUGUAA